UUACGCAACACUCCGUACGACAUUGAGCAGCAGAAGAGAGCAAAAAUGGAGGCCGGAGACGAAGGUAUAGAGAUAGUCGACUCCAAAGACUUGCAGCAGCAGAGCAAAGCCUUCGACAAGCUCACCGAUCAUGUCGAAGAUCGUCAGCUGGACUCCUCGCGUGUUCAAACGGCUAUGGCCUCAAUUGCUGCAUCGAGGGAAGCUGAUAUUCAAGCUAUGAGAAUGAGGGAGAAGGAGCUGGCUGCUGUUAAGAUAAAUGCUGCUGAUGUUGAUAUAAUUGCAAAUGAACUUGAGGUGGACAAAAAGGUUGCUGAACGGACACUACGAGAGCACAAAGGUGAUGCUGUUGCUGCAAUCAGGCACUUGCUCAAUACAAAUACCUUCUGAAAAGACAUGUUUGGGGAUUUCCGGUUGGUAUCUUGAAAUGCCAUUGCUUGUUUCUUGGCUAUAAUACUAAUCGGAACAUAGCUUGCCCAUGCCAGAGUAUUUUUUUUCCUGUAACAAUGUACAAACGUUUGAAGAUUUCAUUUAUUUGGAGCUUUUUUUUUGCAAUGUUUC